AUGGGCGUCGUUGGGGCGGGGCAGGUGAAGCAGGCGAGUGGGUCGUGCUGCCUGCGGAGCGCCAAUGUCAGAGUGAAUGUGUCAGCGUCAAGGCUGAGUUGUUGGGUGUGUACUCCGGCGUCGUGGGCACGAGCGAGGCCUAGUCGAAUAGCGGGGGGAGGGGCCUUGGCGCGGGGGCGCACAAAUGCCGGGGGAGCACUGGGAAUCUCCGUGUGGUUUGUGGCUCAGCGUUGCGCCCGUAAUGGGAGGCGAUGCCGUGUGGCCGCGGGUACGCCAUUCCUCCGGGGGGCAUUUCGUGUUGGUGGCCGCUGCCCAUUUCUCUGCAACUGCACUCGCUCCGUGCGUGCCCGAGCGUGUGGGCAGAGACAG